UGCGUUCUAGGAACGAUCGUUGACUCAUACUACAGAGGUUACGACUGCAUCGCGCUGCGUGACUGCAUUGCGACUACAUCCCCACAAGGCGGGCUGGAGAAUGUCUUCUAUAACUGUGGAAACAGCUACGGUUUCGUCACAGACUCAGACCAGGUCAUACAGUCCGCCGAGAAAGCUGCGAAAAAAGCUUGA